GUGCAGAGACGGAAGAAGCCGCAGUGUGGAGCAGGGAUGAGGGUGUGCUGAUGCGAGCGGUCCGCUGUGUCUCUGUGGGCCGGCCGGAUACCAGACUGCAGCCUCCUGCGGCCGCAGAGCUCCGUGUCCCUCGCGGAUCCCGAAAGCGCUGUCCGGAUGGCUGGACACCGCUGGGAGGACUGGUUCGAGCGGGAGGAGUUUAUCGGACAGAUCAGCGACAUCCGAGUGCAGAACCUGCAAGUGGAAAGAGAGGUGGUGCAGAAGAGGACCUUCACUCGAUGGAUGAACCUGCAUUUAGAAAAGUGUGACCCGCCGCUGCAGAUCCAGGAUCUGUUCCAGGACAUCCAGGAUGGAUACGUCCUCAUGGCUCUGCUUGAGGAGCUGUCCGGCUGCAAACUGCUCCACGGCUUCAAGAAGUCCGCCCACCGGAUUUUCCGACUCAACAACAUUGCCAAGGUGCUAUCCUUCCUGGAGGAGAGAAACGUGAAGCUGGUCAGCAUCGAUGCAGUCGACAUCGCUGAUGGAAACUCCUCCAUCAUCCUUGGACUCAUCUGGAAUAUUAUCCUCUUCUUCCAGAUCAAGGAGCUAACAGGAAACAUCCGGAGCCAGUUCCCCUCCUCGUCCAGCUUGUCAUCCAUCCCCACCAGCUCCGACUCCGACACAUCCUUCAGCAGCACGCCGUCAGAGGAGCGACAGUCUGCUGCCACCACCAUGAGGGAGAACAGCAAGGCCAUAAAGAAGCUGCUGCAGUGGAUCCAGAGGAGAACCCGGAAGUACGGCGUGGCCGUGCAGGACUUUGGGAAAAGCUGGACCAGUGGUUUGGCCUUCCUGGCCGUCAUUAAGUCCAUCGACUCCAGCCUGGUGGACAUGAGGAAGGCCCUGCUGAGGACUCCCAGAGAGAACCUGGAGGACGCCUUCAGGAUAGCUCACUACAGUUUGGGAAUACCGCGACUGCUGGAGCCUGAGGAUGUGACUAUAAAUGCUCCAGAUGAGCAGUCCAUCAUCAUAUAUGUUUCCCAGUUCCUGGAGCACUUUCCCGGCACACAAGAGUCCGAGGAACCCUCCCAGGUGAUUGAACGAAGCGUCUCCAUGGGCAGACUCAACUUCCGUGACAUCAACUCGGAGCACAUGAGGAACGGAGCCCAUCACAGCAGAGUGAAGCAGCGUUCCUACAUGUUCCAGAAGGACUCCAGCCAACCUCCACCUAAACUCCUGAUCUCCUCAGUGUCGGAGGACAGAAGCGUCUUGGAGCCGCGUUUCAGGGUGGCUGCAGCUCGAUCGUGGUCAAGCGACGACAUUUUGUCAGACCCCCCCCACGCCGAAGACGUCUCCAUCAGAGAGAGCGGCAGCGACGUUCUGCAGGACUUUGGUUCCCCUCAGCAGUCCUUCACUCACUCACCCUCAUCGGUACCAGAGUCGCUGAUUGGAGAUUCUGCCAUCAACUCUCCAGACUCCUGGAUGGAGGGGGAGCUGAAUCCGGACCGGUUCUGUGAGAGUCGCAGUGACAGCUCUUUAUGUGAUGUUGGGUCGGCCUGGGAUGUUUACCGGGCCACGCCGGUGGAGGUAACGCCGUACGAUGAGGGAUUUAUCUCCUCCGUUGAGGACCGAGCUCCUGAUGAAUUUAUUAUUGAGACAUACAUUGACGAAGGGAUGAGCUCUCUGGACAGAAUCGAUAUGGAGACUGAGAGAAACCAAGAAGAAGAGAAAUCAGAGAACACUGAGACUCUAAACCAGGAACCAAACUUGCCAGCUGAUGUUGAAGAAACCAAACUUAAGGGUGCGGAUGAAAUUCCUGUGCAACAGGAUGCAGUUCCCAAAAUACAAGAACCUUUGGAUAGGUUGUGUGAAACCAGACUGGACCGCUUUGAUGCUGGAGAUCUUGCGAAAUUAGAUAAAUUGAACGAGUUCGAGCCUUUCUUUUCCACUGAACCACCUGAAGAAAUUCCUCUGAUUAAACAGGAAGGAGAAGGAAGUCACCUGGAUGGUGAGCAAUUGCCUCAGGAGGAAACUGAUUCAACUCCACAGGAUGAAUUAGAGGAGCUGCACGAUACGUCAAAGAGUUUUAAUGAAGGGAAUGACUCAUCUGUUGAAUGCCAAGAUAAUUUAAGAGACUUCUCACAGUGUGAAGAGACCAGCAGCUCAGAAACAUUAAAUAAACCUUCAGUGAAACCAAGUCUGAACAUUCCUCUGAUCUCCAUUACCAGUGAGCCAGAGGAACCGGAUGAAGAGACAGAACCUCACCCAGGAAUACUUGAUCAGGACGAACACAAAGAUCAGCAGAGAAACUCAGAAGUUCAGAGUUCUCAAGAUCCGGAUCCACCAAGCAUUGUUUUCAGUGAGGCUGAUGGACAAGAACCUCCAGAGAUCCCGUCCAGUUUGAUACCUGAGAACAAUAAACCAAUGUCAGACCCAGAAACUGUGUCUUUAAAUGAACCAGGUGUCCAGGAUGAGACACACCCAGAAGGUGACUACGAUAACAGGAGACAGGAGGAAGGGCUUCCUGGGAGCAAUUCCCAGGAAGAUGGACGUGACAACCAGCAUGAGAAUCUUAGUGGAGGCAGGAAGAGUCCGUCUGAUGGACACCGGGACACUCCGACUGAAAGGGAGAUGGAGGACAGCCCACAGAACCUCCUGGACUCGUUUGACGGCUUCCCGAAGGUUCUGGACGCAGAUCCUCAGAAGCUGAACGGUCAGAUAGGGGCGCCGUGUUCUCCAUCAGCAGAUUUACCCAGAAACCUGGAGCAGCUGUCGUCUCACUUCGACAGACGUUCUCCCAUAGAGGAGCUGGUCGGUGACCGGAUUGAACCCAUGGAUCUGUUCUACCCAGACAAAGAGGAGUCUGUUCCUCCAGAUCUUCCUGACUCAGACAUGCAGAGGUGGCCUUCGGUUCUGAGCGUCUCUGCGCUCCAACCAGCGCCACCUUCAGACAGACUGGAGGACCUUCAGAUGGACUUCCUGAGUGGAGGAGAGCAGGAUUGUACGCCUCCUGACUCGCCUCUAUCCCAGGAGCAGUGUGUGAUGUGCGGAGUGACGAUCGGGGCUCCGCAGGCCGCUGAUGUUUCAGAAGCAGACAGCAAAGCAAGCUCUCUGAGGACGGUCUCCAUCAGACCAGAUGAGAUCCACAUCCCUCCGGUGCUCCGACACAGAAAAGGCGGUCGCCUCUCAGACUCCACGGACAAACCAAGAGCUGCGCCCAGAAGAGCUGAAGCGGAAGACUCUGAUUUAUGGUGGAGGGAGAACUGGGAGCUGUGUGUGCUGCUGCUGCUGUGGCUGCUGGUCUACUCCUUCAUGGUUCUCCCACAGAUGGACCUGAAGACGCUGCCUAGCCUGCUGCUCAACCGAUAAACACACACACACGCACGCACGCACGCACACACACGCACACACACAUACACACAUUAAACACUCUGACACUGAGUCAGAGCUUAGCUGCCACUCUCCUCUUCAUCACUGACUGCACUCCAGCUUAAAUGAAGGCUUUUUAUUCUUUCUUUCUGACUGAAUUCAUUUUGUUUUUGAUUUACUUUUGUAAAAACAUAUAUACAUAUAUAUAUAUGAUGUUAUUUUAAGAGAAAAUGUUCUGCUUUUAUGUAAACAAUGAAGUCUACAACUGUAAAUUUACAGAUUCAUAAAGUUAGGAGAAUUACUAAACCUGCUGCUUUAAAUUUCAAUCACUCACAUAGAUCUAAUCAUCAAAGAGAGAAAAUAAUUUUAUGGAAAUUAUGAAAGGUUUCUGUGUAACUGCCGAGAAAACAUGCCGCCAACAUUUUGUAAAAAAACAAAAACAAAUAAAAAACCCAAAAGAAACAAAAAAAAAAUUAUCAAUAAAUAUUCAUUUUCUUAUGUAAGACAGACAUUUAAACUUGAGUUAGUAAUUUUUUUGACUGUUAUAGCCCCAUAAACAUGAAUUAUUACAAAGUAAUUUUUUGGGUCAUUUUAGGCGUAGUUGCUUUAUCAUUAUUUUUUCAUCCUAUAAAUCUGCUGCUUCAGUCUCAUUUCAUUUUUAAGUCUGGUUUUGAAAUGCUCCUUUGCAGACAUGAGCAGAUUAACAGAAGUUUGGGUUUUUUCCUUCUUUAUUCCGUCUUGGAGCAUCAUUUAUUCUCCACUGGUUCUCUAACACUCUGCACAGACUCAGUGACAUUUUGUCUAGCAGCUGAUCGAUCAGCUUGUUCACUCUGAAGGUCUACGUCUGCAUGCUAAUGUGCAGAAUCACAACGCCGUGAACUGUGAUAAGUUUCUGUUGCAUUUGCAGGAAAUUUAAACUUUAAGAAAACAUAUAUACAUUUGAAGUCCUGUUUAAAGUUUUAGGGUUUUUUUUGCAAAGCUUGAACCAGGAAAUAAAUCAUGCUUUCAGACUGAAUCAAAGCAGGUGUGUUUCACGGGCUGUAACACUGACAGAUCUCUGAUCUGUAAAUAAAACACAAUUACUGAAGAUGUAUGAAGACAAAGAAUGUUAAAAGUUGGUAAAAGUUGGCUGUGAUUUUUCACCCACAUCUAAACCAGUAAUGUAUUCCAGUUUGUCCGGAGAACAUUCUAAAGGGUCUUACAGAUAUUCACACUCCUCGACAUUUUCCGUGUUAUGUCACAUUACAAACACAAACUUCAUUAUGUGCAACAUGGAUCACGCAUUAUUGUGCAUUGGAAGUAAGAUUACACUUGGUUUUCAAAGGUUUUAUAGAAAAAAAUUAUGUAAAUGUCACCAUUAUCUGAGUUAAUAGUUUGCAGACUCUCUUUUCACUGCACUUAAGGAUAUAUGUUUGGGUUUAUACCAGCUUUUCACAUCCAGAGGCUGACAUUUAUGUCAAGCAAGUCAGAUUGGAUAGAGAGGGUCUGUGAACAUCUGUUUUUAAGUCUUGUCACUGAUUCUCAAUCUGAUUUAGUUUUGACCUUUGACUAGGCCAUUCUAGCACCUGACUAUACUGUGAACUGAACUGUUCCAUUGUAAUCCUGCUUGUGUGUUUAUAGUCCACGUCCAAGUCACUUUUUCAAUUCUAAUACUCCAGUAUUAUGGAUGAUUUUAUGUUGUAUCCCAAUGAAAUGCACUGAAGUUUGUGGGUGUAAUCGUAUAAAAUCUGAAAAUGUCAAAAGGGAGCAAAUAUUUUUUGGUAAUAUACCUUGUGGCUGUUUGGGUUCAGUAUCUGACCUGCAGCAAACAACAGUCUGAGCAUGCUCAGUUUGUUAAUCAGGAACUAGAAUUUACCUCAUGUUCAGAAUGUGAAUAAUGUGAAUGUGAUUCAUUUAAAAGUUUAUUCACAUAAAAAAAAUAAAAAGGAAUCAAAUCUUGAUUUCAUACAGGAAAAUAUUUGUAUCACAACCUCAUUGAUGGACCGAGAAUGGCACCCUGUUUAUUAAAUCUGGAACAUGUUACAGUUUUUGCUCCUUUACUCUGACUCUGGACAUUUUGGACAAACAUUCCUGUUACACAUUGAGACUAAACUAUCAUAUAAAAGACUGGAGCAGAAUGUAGAUGAUCAGUUCUAGAUUUUUGUAUGUUUGUGAAGUUUGAUGGAGCUUUUCUGAUGGUGCUGCACUUUGUAAAGAGGAAAUCUGAAGAAACAAACUGCCAAAGAUCAUGUUGGAUACAUUAACUCCACCAGCAGAUGAUUUCAGCAGGAUUUCGCAUGGAGUGUUUUAGGAGACUGAGUGGGAAUGUUUGUGGAUCAUAAGACAGAGGGGAUGGAUUUUUGAUGUUUGGAACACUUAUUAUUAUUAUUAUUAUUACUUUAUUUUAAUCAUUUCUGUGUGAAACCACCACCAAACACUGAACUUUCUUCUUAUGCUCACCAAGCUUCUCCCUGCAGCAUGUCCUCCGUCCACUGGGGGGCAGCAGAGAGGCUACUCAUUACAGUUUGUCUUCAUCACUACUGUGUGCCUGCUCUGGAUUUACUAUUUACACACCUUCGUGCUAAUUGUACACUUAUUACUGACUGAAGUUUGUGAUCAGCCUCAACAUUAGAACCACUUGGAGGAGAAAUGUUACACUUCUACUCAGAGGAAGGGUCAAACCUUGAUAUCCCUCCAGAACCCCCAUGACCCGGCUCCAACACGACUCCUGCUCAGGAACGAAAACAGACCGAUCCGAUCAGAGACACCAACUCAACAACCCUCAGGACCCGCAACAUGCACAGCCAAUAACCCACAUAUGUCUUGUUUUCAUACUCUUUGACCUGCUGAACAUGACACAAACAAACUGGUUUUAAUCUUCUGGCUGUUUGUUGCACUGUUAUUAUUAUAAGAAAUAUAUGUAAGGAUUUUGUAAAAUUGUCAGAAAUCACUGAAGUUCUGCAUUUAAUAUCCUGUUUUAUUUGCAUUUUAAUCCAGCAGAAACCAGUCAGUGUGAGUGAUUUGAGUAUAUUUUAUGUAUAUUAUUUACCUUAUUAGGUUGUUUCUGAUGCAUUAAAGUACCCCUAAUAUGGAUAUCAA